AUGGCGGAACAGGAUGUGGAAAACGAGCUUCUGGAUUAUGAGGAAGAUGAAGAGCCUCAGGCACCUCCAGAGAGCGCUCCACCUCCCCCCAAGAAAGAUGUGAAGGGUUCCUAUGUUUCCAUCCACAGCUCUGGCUUCCGGGACUUUCUGCUGAAGCCGGAGCUCCUGAGGGCCAUAGUGGACUGUGGCUUUGAGCACCCAUCAGAGGUCCAGCACGAGUGUAUCCCACAAGCCAUUCUGGGCAUGGACAUCCUGUGCCAGGCCAAGUCAGGGAUGGGCAAGACAGCAGUUUUUGUGUUGGCCACUCUGCAGCAGAUUGAGCCCGUCAACGGACAGGUGACGGUCCUAGUGAUGUGCCACACUCGAGAGCUGGCCUUCCAGAUCAGUAAGGAGUACGAGCGGUUCUCCAAAUACAUGCCCAGUGUCAAGGUAUCUGUGUUCUUUGGGGGCCUCUCCAUCAAGAAGGAUGAGGAAGUGUUGAAGAGGAACUGUCCCCAUGUGGUGGUGGGCACGCCGGGCCGGAUCCUGGCACUUGUGCGCAAUAGGAGCCUCAACCUGAAGAACGUGAAGCACUUCGUGUUGGAUGAGUGUGACAAGAUGCUGGAGCAGCUGGAUAUGCGGCGGGACGUGCAGGAAAUCUUCCGCCUGACCCCCCAUGAGAAGCAGUGCAUGAUGUUCAGCGCCACAUUGAGCAAGGAGAUCCGGCCUGUGUGCAGGAAGUUCAUGCAAGAUCCCAUGGAGGUGUUCGUGGACGACGAGACCAAGCUCACGCUGCACGGGCUACAACAGUACUACGUGAAACUCAAGGACAGUGAGAAGAACCGCAAGCUCUUCGACCUCCUGGAUGUGUUGGAGUUUAACCAGGUGGUCAUCUUUGUGAAGUCAGUGCAGCGCUGCAUGGCCUUGGCCCAGCUCCUGGUGGAACAGAACUUCCCAGCCAUUGCCAUCCACAGGGGCAUGGCCCAGGAGGAGCGUCUGUCACGCUAUCAGCAGUUCAAGGACUUCCAGCGGCGGAUCCUGGUGGCCACCAACCUGUUCGGCCGAGGGAUGGACAUUGAGCGCGUCAACAUUGUCUUCAAUUAUGACAUGCCUGAAGACUCAGACACCUACCUCCACCGUGUGGCCCGUGCGGGUCGCUUCGGUACCAAAGGCCUGGCCAUUACUUUCGUGUCUGAUGAGAAUGAUGCCAAAAUCCUCAAUGAUGUCCAGGACCGGUUUGAAGUGAACGUGGCAGAGCUUCCAGAAGAAAUUGACAUCUCCACAUACAUUGAGCAGAGCCGGUAA